GCGAACAUGUGAAGGUUGGGUCCGCGCGCACGGCGCCCAGCCCGCCAAAGCCAACCAGAAACAGUUAUGGAAUACCGCGCUAUCCGCUGCGCGCUACUGUUCCUGCUGCAGGCCUCGACCGGCGUCCGCACCGACAACUUGGCUCUGUUGUCAGGCACGCUGCGCACCUACCAGAAGGCCGGCUGCGACGACGACGUGGUGACGCUGCGCUGCCCGCCGGGGACCAGCAUCUCCGUGCAGGUGGCGCAGUACGGCCGCUCCGCCGCCUCGGCGACGCUCUGCCCCCGCGGCGCCGGCGGCGGCGGGGGCGGCGGCGCCGCGGCGCCCGACUCGGCCUGCCUCUGGCCGGACGCGCUGCAGUACUCUCUGUUGCAGACGGUGGUGGAGGCGUGCCAGAAGAAGCGGCAGUGCAAGUUCCACACGUCGCCCAAGGCGUUCGGCGGCGACCCCUGUCCGGGGGCGCGCAAGUACGUCGAGGUCGCCUACAAGUGCCGCCCCUCGGAGUUCCGCAGCAAGGUGGCCUGCGAGAACGAGGCGGUGAUGCUGGAGUGCGCGCCCAACUCGCGCAUCGCCGUCUACUCGGCCAGCUUCGGCCGCACCGAGUACGAGAGCCUGCAGUGUCCGCAGGCGCCCGGAGCCCCCGAGGAGACCUGCCUGGUGAGCUACGCCACGGAGGCCGUGAUGCACUCGUGCCACGGCAAGCGGCGCUGCAGGGUGACCGCAGACUCGGCCACCUUCGGCAGGCCGUGUCGGCGCGAGACGCGCGUCUACCUCAAGGUCGUCUACACCUGCGUGCCGCGCAAGGUGCUGAAGGAGACGUUCGACGCCGGACCCGAGGACGACGAGACGGCGUCGGAGGCGGGGCUCGACGGCGGCGGAGGCGGCGCCUUGGAGGACUACGAGGAGUUCUUCCGGGAGCCGGCCGCCGCGCCGCCCCCGAGCCGCGAGGACGAGGAGGCGGCGGCGGCGGCGGGCGGCAACGGGCUGGACGACCGUCCCGCCGCCCCCACCCCCACCAGGAGGCCGCCGCCCCACGGGAAGGCGGACGCAGAGGUAGGCAAGCGCAGGCCUGAACCUAACCCGGUCUCCCCGCCCCACCACCGCCCCGCCGACCACGCCACGACCAAAGACAUGCAGGGGGAUCACGUAUCAGACGAGACCAACACCAACUGCACCAUCACCAUUUACACCAACGAGAAAACACGGGUCAUUGGCUUCAUAUCCGAGUGGAUAAACGCGUACAAUUUCAUAUCACGCAACCAGGAGAAGUUCUACCUGUACCUGAUCCUGUCGGUGACGGCCGGCCUGCUGCUCUUCCUGGGGCUGGUGAUCGGCCGGCUGCUCGUCCAGAGGCAGCGCGCGCGGCGCGAGGCAAAGUUCCACGCCACCUCCGCGGCCGGCCGCGCCCCGCCGCACGGCUUCGCCGACGACAUCAGCGAGAUCGACGCCGACAUCGACCUGACGGGGCCCGUGGCGGCGGUGGCGGCCCACUCGCCGCCCGUCGGCGUGGCGGAGGUCGUGCGGUUCGGCGGGACGCUCCGCCGCGGGCAGCAGCAGCCCGACUUCGACUCCAGCGUGCCGCGCAGCCUCAACCGCAGCGGGAACAGCCAGUACUACUACGGGUGAAGCGCGGGUCUGCCCCUCUCUCUUGCUGCCAGCUCGGGUUUGGCCGGAAAGAGACCUACCUCUUAGCGGGAGGAGACUCGUGGAGCGGUCGCUGCAAGUUCUCCGUGGACUGUCACACAGGGUAAACCACGGGCCCACACAGCACAAUUUUCAGAUAAAUACACAUAAUGUUACAGAAACAUUACAAUGGCAAUGUUGCAGGAACAUCGCAGUGUUUAUGUUAUGUUUUUGAACGUGUCUGAUAUAUUGUGUGCUG